ACUUUCUUGAACGUCGCUCAAACUGGCCGGCUAUUCUCAACAUUUUCUCUUUUUUGCCUUCCAUUUUUAAAUAACUUUCAGAAAGUGCAGUUGAAUAAGGAAAUGAUCCGAGUUAGCGAAUGAACAUUGCAAGCGUAAGGUUACCUACAAGCGACUGUUUGUAUGGUAUUAGUUGACCUCUUUGAUUGCAACAAAACUUGGACCUGAUAAAAAAUAAAAAUAAUACCAAUAUCAAUUUACAAAUCAUUAUCCUUCUCUAUUGUUCUCAAUAACUUCCUUAAAUCUAAAUGUCACAAACUCAAAGACUGAUUGAAUGUUAAAAAUUUCUGAUCCUUGUCAGGUGUAAGAGUUACACAUAAAAUGUCAAGCUGAGGAUUAGGUCUAAAAUUCUAGUAUUUAUCGCUACCAAAUAUAUUUGAGCGAUAUGAUGAGACAGAUAGUAAAGUAAAAAUAAUUUCCAACUAUUUGCUUAAGAUUUAGAAAGUCGUUUAGAGACAUAAACGUCUGCAACUUCUUAACUUGUGGAGAAAGAGGGUUUAAUUAAGCGGUUUCGUUAGAAAUUUUUUAAAAGCAAGCAUUUUCAUUAGAGACCAAUGAGUUAAUGAAGUCCUGAUUAACAAGAUCGAGGUUUUAAGGUACUGCAGGGGAGAGGGCUGUAAAAAUCUGUGGGGUAUUUGUUCUCUACAAUUUAUUAUCUUUUCUCAGGUGUGGGGCGGGGUCCUUUUCUGGCUAUCAUAAGCGCGGGGCCCUGGGCGAUGUCCCCCUGGAACCCGCUGGAACAGCCAUUGGGUGGAGCCCAGUAACAGGCAUAGACAGUCUCAAGAUGCAGCCUUGAAUUAAGUUUGAAGUUAAACAGCAAGACGUUGAAUGUUUUCCUUUUUUUCUAAAUAAGAGCUUUAAAACGUAACUCUUUGCUUCAAAAAUUUGACAAUUAUAUUUUAUGGCAAAACCAAGAGAAAUUUUCAUUCUGCCAGGAAUGGACUGUUAACUAACCAUUUUAAUCCUACAUGUAUCUGGUUUAAAAUUCAUAGGAUCAAACAAAGUAUAUCAAUAUUGAUCCAGUUCGGUUUUUACUCUUUUGCAUGAAAAUGACAAUUCCAAUUACAUCACUAUUGCAGGUACCGAACAUAAUGUACCAUUCGCAAAUUUGUUUCGGUCGAUUAAUACGACACAUCCUUUACAAGUGCAACAGUAUGACGACAGUGAGAUGAAUGGUCAUUGACAAUAAUCCAUUGACUUUAAUCGAGAUUUUGUCAGCCAACAGGCAUGCAUUGCGCAGGUACUUCUCUAUAUAAAUCGGCGAACUAUCUAGAUGAAGCAUCCGAAAAUGGAAUUCAAAUUAAUUACUACAUUUCUGCUUUGGUUUUUCUCACUGUUUUUCAUAUAUUCGCGAUAUACGAAUUGCAGAAUUCUCAGGUUGCCUUGCCAGCAUUUUGCCAAUUUCACAGUGACAAGAAAGGGAUAUGCAUUGCUCCUUGCCCAAAUUUCUGUCUACGACCACUUAUCAGUACAGGAGUGCAAAGCUCAAUGUGUUUUCAAUCAAAACUGUAAAGCAGUAAGCUACAACGUGAAUGGAACAUGCAUACUCAACAGUGAGGCUCCAGCCGAUCCACUAAGCACGAUUUUUGAAGGAAAUCUUACACAAGAAAUGGGAUGGAGUUUCAUGUCAACUAAUUACAGCGAGAAAUUGGUUGGACACAUAUGUCAGAAGCAUCAACCAUGUGGUGAAAAAUUCUGCAUGGAUUCUUGCGAAUGCCCUGGAUAUCAGUGCAUCAGUUGUGGCGCAGAUGCCACCGUAGAAUGCCCUGAUGGUCAUACGUUUGUUAUGAAGAACGGUAAAGUAUGUCUUACAUAUAUUAAUGAUGUCUUCAGAAGAACAAAGGACUGCACUCAAAAAUUCUUCUUUGAAACUGGGAAGGAUGGCCUAUUUCUAAAACAUACCCAAACCAAUAUGUGUGUUGGUCUCAAAGAAGAAGAAGGGAAGCUAUUAGCAAAAAAGUGUGGGACCUUAGACACAAUAUGGCGAAGAAGCGGUGCGAGUAUCUUGUGGAAUGCCGCGACAAAUAACUGCUUGUUCAAUCAUUUACCUUGGGUAUACGAGUCUACAAAAAGGGAGCUGGCUGAAUGCUAUAAACAUAAUAACACAAUGUCGAUUGUUUACGACAGACAGCAAGAAUAACCAGUUAGAAUAAAAACAAGCCGUUUACAAAGUAUUUGGACGGUUAUUGGACAUAAAAGCAUAUAAAAAGGUUGAAAAUUACACUGUGACACAGCAGUAUCGCAAUAUAAACAUUUUAAAUAAACUGAUAUUUCUAAUCUUCUUUUGCCUUCUCCUCAAAUAGUGCAAUGAAAUUGAAUAGAUUUUUACUCAUUUUAAAUUUUUCUCACUUUUAAGGUAUUUUCCUCAAUUUUUGGAUUACAUUUUCUAUAUAUCUUGUAUGAUAUGAGAAACUUGAAACCAGCCAGUCCUUUACUUGGACAGCGAUAAUAAGAUUCACGUGCCAAAAGAAUUUUUAGAUUUCAUCCUGUAAAGAUUAUCUGGAACGAGAACGUGAUAAAUCAAUUACAUCACAUGUUUUGAAUUAAGUAAAUACUCAAAACGUUGAUGGUAUUUUUCCCACAUAUGUGUCUUUUGCUUUAGUCUAUCAAACCGAUUUAGUAUAGCCCCCGACGUGGGGGUUUUCCCAGGCAAUAUUUCAAUGGGCGUGACAGUUUGAAAGGAAAAGGCGACUGAUGUCUAAAAAGGAUGACUUCAUAGUAAGAAUGAAGCAUCCAAGAUAAUCUUUUCUAUAUUUCAACCAGUAUGUGUUAAGGGUCUACUACAUACCAUGUCUAUGUCAGUCACUAGGGUAGAAAAUUUCAGUAUCGACUAGCGUCUAGAGACAAACUUAAAAGCAUUUAGACAGACUUAUUGAAAAUUAAGCACUUUUUUAUUAUAACUCGAUUCCUUUUUAUUUCUUGCAGUUUUCUUCUACAUAUUAACUUUAUGCUCGGAAACUUUUGUUAAAUCAAUUGUGUACCAUGUUAUUUGUUUUAGGAAAUACCACUUCAUAAACUUUUUAUUAAAUAUUGUUUCUAAAAAUCAUUAAAUGAGCACAAAUGAACUGACGUUCGAAUACCUUAAUGGCUUGCUACAUUCUGUUUUUAACAAUCCCUAAUCAAGGGGCAUUGAUUCUAUUUUCCUGCAUUCAAAUGUCUUUUACUACCCUCUAUUUUCUUUAUCCUUGAUACCAUCCUCGUGAUUACCCCCCCCCCCCAAAUCCCGAUUGCUCUUUCCAGAAGCGGGAAGUUCAGUGGCCAAGGCACAGGCCUUACAUGAUGCCGAAUCAUCAGCAUCUGCGACUCAGAUUUGAUCGUUUUGGGUAAAGCUAAUUUGAUGCGCCCUUUUCAUUGGGAACUACUUGAUGUUAAAUCAACUCGAUAAAACAAAAGUCGCUCUCUGUGGAUUGAAAUACGGUCUUUUUAACACGACAUUGCAACAUGACACAAAAGUGAUGACGUCAUAAAAUAUAUGCUUAGAAAUUUUAUAUUGAGACCAAAUAACCUUAAAUGUCAUUAUGAAACCUUUCUAAAAAUGUGCAAAACAGUUGUAUUCGCCAUAAAUAGCCAAAUAGUACAACCUCUUUUCCCCAUCAAAUUGCUGUGAUUAGCUUUUAUCUAAACAAUCAAUGAACCAGAGAAAAACAUUAUUGGCUAAACUUAGACUUUUUAUUUGCUAACUUAACUGAUCCUUCACUUUAAGAUGUGUUUUAUUAUGUUAUUUUUACGAAAAUUUUUAUCUUUAAGAAGAUAUUAUUUAUAACGUUCCACUUUGGAACUCUUUCUUGUUUUUCCAAAACGGAGUGCCAAGUAUUUGGAUACACCCUUCGAUUAGCAGGUAUCUUUGAAAGAAAUCAUAUCUUUUCACAUGGCAUAAUUGUGAAAUAUCACCAGGUAAUCGCGGAUCGGACAGAACGUCAACUACAAAUACUACGUCUACAACAUAAGAUGCAGCAUUAAGAUAUCAGGUACCCAUUGGCAAAUGAGCCCAGCAAAUUGUCUACAACCGUUGACAAAAUAUAUUUGAACUGCAAUUUUUUCACAAAUUUACCUGAUACCGCCACCCCCUCUCCCCGAGUACAAUGGUGCAAGUUGUAAAUCAAUGUGCCUUUCAUACGCAAAAUUGCUGAAGGGGAGAGGAAGUGAAAAUUCGUUUGUUGUUGCAUGUUGUUGUAUGCAUACACUUUUGGUUACUUGGAUUAGGUCAGAUCCCAGGGGGUACUCCUAUAAGCCUGACAGGGGGGUCCAGGUAAUAAUACAACGCCUGAGUUUGGCUUGCGAUUUAUUAUAGACAAUGAACAAGGUUUUAUCUUUCCCGAAUCAGCAACAGUCAAUGGCGAAGAAAUAUGUCAAAAAAGGACCAGGCGUGCACAAAGAAAUGGAUGCUACCAAGGACAUAAUUUCUGUCCUUGUGCUACCAUUUGAGGGUUAUUGUCAAAAAGACUACCAUUUGAGGGUAAUUUUUAACAUUUCAGCUUUGGUCCUCUUUGACCCUGACUGGAACCCUCUGUGAGCAUGAAACCGAAGUCGUCAAAUGCAUAGCACGACAAGCCAAAACAGAUAUCUAUAUGCAAGAACCUAUGCAAGCACGACACGCCAACAGAACUACAUACAAUGCCAGAUCAAAGCUUUCAACUAACCUAUGUUCACUGUUAUAGACGGAUCUGCGUCUUCUAGCUGUAACUCUUGUACCUCGGGUUUCCAAUGGGAGAAAUUGUCCUUUCAACCUGCAGUUAACAAAUUGUAUCAGGAAUAUACAAAUAUAAUUUGCAAAGAAUUAUAACAAGGAAUAAUUCAAAUUGCAUGCAAGACAAUACAGUUUACCUCACAGACAAGUGCUUCAUAAACAAGCUAGAAAAUCGUGUAUGCUCAUCCGCAUAAGGGCACGCAGAAAUACCCGAAGGCCUUCAAGCCACCCCAAACAAUGACAGUCUAUUCUCUAGCAAAUCUUCUUUUCAACGGUCGAAAAUGCACAACACGCCUUUCUACAUUUUGCAGCAAAGGAUAAUCGAGUGCAAAUGAUGCAACAGGAAGAGUUUUGACAGUUUUUUGGUCAUGCAAAACUAACAAGAGAACUUGCCUAUGUAGAGAAAAAGCAGCUUUGUUACGGCAUAAAUUCUGUAAGAGCGAUUACAAAGCAUAUAACAUUUUGCAAGAAGCUGCCAUUGGAUAAUCGGUCAAUGUGGACACAAUUAUGCUGAAUACACAGAGCAGUCAUGGAGAUGGUAGCCAUUGUAUAAGUUAAUAGAGGGCGUGUUGUUAAUUUGGAUAAGUUUGAAAGCUAUACAACCACUUGAUAUAUAUCUCAAAUUGCAGUUAAUCAAUUAACUAGCAAUAUUAUGAAGAAACUUUAAUUUUUGUCGAUCUUUUAAAGCUAGAUCUUUCAAAAGAAGCUGACUGUUCUUUCGCGACACAUUUCUUAAAAUGUCCCUCUUUUCAAUCUUUUUUGUUCUUGGUUUCCCUAAGUGUCCCUUUCGGUCAUAGUUUCUGCAAAAUUCUAAGUGUUGUUGUUUUGAUCAACAAAGACAAGGUCAUUGACAGUGACAGUUUCUCCCAAACUUACAAAAGCUCUUUUAGCAUGAAAUUGUAGACUUGCUUUAUUUGAUUAAAAUAUCUCUAUUGGUAUAAACGCUGUUAAUUCAUCUUCAAGUAACUAUCAACUAUACACUGGAGGAAGAAUAUUUUUGUCUUAACUUACGUAAAAAUUGACAUAUUCAAAAAGGUUCAAAAAAUGUCAGGUGUAUUUGUUUUUUUGCAUUGCAUUUUUUAUUUUCAAACAUAAACGUAAAGAAUGCAUUAAACUUUAAAUAUAUAUAUUCGCUUUUGCAAGGAUAUUUUUUGAGUUCUCAAGUCAAUUUUUUAUAUAGGUUUCGUCGAUUUGAAUGUGAUUAUGGACCCGUUAUAACUAAGCAUCUGUUGUUAUAGACUUCCAAACCUACUUAAUGCAAAAACGAUAAUAUGUAAAAUAAGCUAAACUUUCAGUUUGUAAAGGGGCGGCAUUCUGACCCUUCCCCCCCCCCUGCGACCUCAACCCAAGCACGCCACUGGUCUAGAGAAAAAUCUGACUGAGUUUCAGGUUACGGCUAUGGUUUUUCAGAUAAAGGUAAUGUAUUAUUCAUGGUAGAUAUUUACGGCGCAUGGACAACUUCGCAACUGCAAACAAAGACAAUCUCCUUUGUUUCCAAUGCUCUUGUUUGAAAUUUCUGCCAAGAGAUUUGCUUCCGAUGUAAUUCUGUACUUAAAUUCGGGGAGUACAUUCUCGCUCUCUUGGUCUAAAUUUUUGUGUCAACCAGCCAAUCAUAUCAAUUGAUUUUCACAAAACUUCUGAGUUAUUGCCUUUAUCAAUUUUCAAAUGUUUCUUAGCUUUCUUGCUUCGAGUACUGUAGCUUUUCAACUUUUUCCGAUUACUUAGAACACGUUUCUAAUGGCAAUUUUCUUAUAAAAUAUGAGUGCAAUAUGGGUGAACUGGCCCGGGUGGUCAGGUGGCAAUCGCCACCCAAGGCCGGUUUACACUAGGUAGCAUUAAGCUGCUGUAACUUGCUGUAAAAUACUUGUAAAAUUGACACAUAAGAAAAUAGAUGCAACUCCUAGCGGGAUAUGUUUGCAAAAUGUCGCAACAAGUUGCAGGAUAAUCGGAGGCAAUCCUGGAUACCAAUUAAAAAGUAAAACCAAAACAGGUAGAAGCAGGCUAUGUAGUAGCUCCACUGCUCUUGGUUUUGCCACAUAAACAACUGCAUACCAUAAAUCCUCGAAUAAGCCCCCGGAGAUCGUUUUGCAAAAAUGAUUUUUAGGUGGGAGCUUUUUCGUGGGGAGGGCUUAUUGAAGAGAGGUGAGGAUGAUUUAAUGUUUGAUAGUUUCUUAAAGGCCAACAUGAAAGAAAGAUAAUUUUUAUUGUUGAAAACAGACAAAACUUAUAAUAUGACAUCCCCUUUUGCUUUUUUGUCAUCAACAACAGAUGCAAUUUUCUAUAGCUAUUGUAGCUAAUUAUGAAUUAGAAUAAGCAUUGUGGGGGGAAGCUAGUUAGUUGCUAAUGCUUCUCUCGAAAAAGGGCCCACGGGGGCUUUUUCAAAGGAAGGGAGGCUUAUUUGCAAAAAUUAAUAUUUUUAGGCGGAGGAUUAUUUGAAGGAGGGGGUGCUUAUACACAGAUGGGGGCUAAUUCAAAGAUUUACGGUAGAUAAACACAAAUAAAACAGCGACUGUGGCUGAGGGGUGGGGCAUAGCUUCGCUAGAAGUAAUUUAUUAGGAGCUCAUCAUUCAU